AUGCCGAACCUGAGAAAGGCAAAGCGGAAAGCAGGGAGUGAAUUUCGGUCAGAUGUUUCGACCGUACCCACAGAAAGUAUGAUGCAGGUGAGAAAGGAACCAUUUUCGAAGCCUCAGUUGGCAAUGAUAUAUAUGACGAAACUGGUGAUCUCUCGGUCAACUGCCUCCAAGACAAACUCAUCGGACUCACAGGAAAAGAAGUGGCGCUAUGAGCCUUUUAGGACAAUGGGGAACCAAAUUUGUCUCCGGACGCAUCUGGUACAACCUCCGUAUACAGUACUUUUAGAUCACCGAAAUAAUGUUUACUGCUGGGAAUCGGGAGCUCUACCAGUAUUGUCACAGGCUUCGGUGACUUCAGUUAUCCCGGCGAAUAAGAUACAUUUGACUCUAGAUGAUUUAUUGCGAAUGAUCGGAGCAGCGAAAGACAAGAAUAUGGUUUCUGGAGAAAAUCUCCAUUUCCCCCCAACCAGGGUAGUAUCUCUUGAAAACACCCUGAGCAGCACCAUCCUCCCGCUCAAAGACACCAAAGAUAUCUCAGACUAUGUCAGGUCCUUCCCCGUCCCCGAAGGCCAACAAAAGCCUGUCGCCACGCACCGCGACUUUUUGAUGGAAUUUCCAGAAAAGGAGAAUUGCGCCGGUGGGAAGUGUAAUUCUUGGAUAUCGCGCUUUUAUCGAGAGGGCAAAGUGGGUUUGGAGGAUGCUUGGAGGGGGGACGAGACUAAUAUCCGGCAUGAUGUCCGCCGCGGCGCACUCAGCCCUAACAACAUCCAUCCCUCAAUUCCACCGUAUUCGGCUACAAAUCCCAACUCCCCGUCCAAUGAUGUGCCACCUGCGGCUUUUGUGAGUUAUUGUGCCGCGGAGGAAUUACAGGUGUUUCCAUUCGGGAAGUUGGAGUUUCAAUACCAGACAAGUGAGGAGGCGGUGGAGAGGUUUGUGGGCGUUUUGGAGAGGCUCAUAGUGGAUAGGAGGGCGGAGAAAGUGUUGGAGAGUGGAGAGGUUGUUGUGGGAUAUUGUACGUGA